AUGGUGCUCCCCGGACGACGACAUUUCCCGCGGGAACGAGGACUUAAGAGGAAGCGGGCGAGAGUGGAAGGAAGAGGGAUAAGAGAAAUACCUCAAGUCAGCCAAGUCAGAGAAGCUUUCGAUAGGAGAGGAAUUGAUUGGAAGAGACGCAGUCAGCUGGUGCUAGAUUGCGAGGAUCUACCAAUAGGAUUCUCAACACUGAUUAACCGAAGAAGAGGACUAGAUUGA